UUGUAAGAGUUAACCACGUGGCGAUUUUUAUUUGCUUAAUUUUAUACAAAAUUUGAAAGUGAAUUUAUAUAACGGUUCUACCGUUCGUGUGUUUAAUAUUUGCUUUUUCUGUUUUUAUUUCAUGUGUUUUUCUACGUCUAUUUGCAAAGUUGUUCGGUGAUAAAAGUAAUUUAUUUACAAAAUCAGUAGUAACGAUGGAACCAGCCGUCCCUGGCCCAUCGGGGGCUAACAAAAGGUCUCGAAAUAAAGAGCGUUCUUCGAGCAGUAGCAGUUCUUGCAAUAGUUCUUGUUCAGAGGCAAGUUCGUCUGAUUCAAAUAAAAAACAACGUCGCAGCCGGCGUAAAAAACAAAGGAGGGGCAAACGGCACAGUAGUUCCACGCAGAUGAUUAAAGACCUUGCAAAAGAACUCAGUGAUUUACGGAAACAAUUGUUGCCAAAUAAUCAAUCUGCACAACCUGACUUAGACGAAAUAUCUCUCAGCUCUGAGGUUAGUGGUGAACUUUAUGAUCAAAAUAACGAUACCAUAGCCGAUUGCACAUCAAAUAAUACGGGUGAUUUCAAUUUAAAUAUAGAAACGAAAUUAAAGGAAUCCGCAGUUCCGAAAACGUGUGAUCAUUAUUUGAGAAUUUUAAAUGAGAUUCAACGUUUUAAUAGUGAGGAAUGGUCGGAAAUACGUUACUCUGACACACAAAAACAAUAUAAUCACACUCCUGGUUUUGUUGAGUUAGAGGCAAAUGAUGAAAUAAAGGCCUACGAUACUUUACGCCAUUUAAUAUACGCGGACAAAUCAUAUGCUGGUUUAACAUAUUGUGUUCUAAAACAGAGGGAAGUGUUACAAGAAAAAUUACGCGAUUUUCUUUCAUGGGCUAAAACUAGUGAGGGUUCGCUAAAUUUUGACAAUAUAAGUGACAAAAUGACUGAUAUUUCCGUAAAUGGCGAAUAUAGCAAGGUUUCUGCGGAUUUGCUACAACUUGUGUGCGGCCAUAGGGCGGAGACUGUUGAGAUGCGCCGGGAUGCCAUCAUAAAUUCCGUUAAAGACCCCCUGGUAAAAACAGCAAUCCGAAAAGUGCCUCCGUCAGUUAAACACUUAUUUGAAGCUGAUAAGUUGAGUGCUACCUUAGAAAAAGCCGGUGGUGUUAAAAAGGCUUUUUGGGCUGCUGGUAAAAUAAAUACGUCCGCUUCUCAAGCACGACGGCCAGCCCACCGCCCCCCGCAGGGGUCCCAAAAAUAUCCGUACCAGCCCUCGCAGGGUAUCUCACCGUCACAAUACGGGCCUUCGCAAGGUACCCUCAACGUGCAAAAUCCUCCCUCGCAGGGAGGACAUACCAUAACAAACCGGCAAUAUCCUUCGCCUGCAUAUGACCGUAAUUAUCCCCAGCGGGGUUCAUUUCGCUCUCGUGGGUCAAAACAGGGAAACCAAAGAUCUCAACGAGGUGGUCGUAACCAUAAACAAGCCAAAUCCGGUUUCCAAGGAACAAACCAUCGUAAGUAUUGACUCGCUGAACUUCAAAGCAGGACAGUUAGUAAGGUUUUAUCGAAAUUGGGUGACAAUGAAUGCACCACCACACAUCCUCAAGAUCAUAAAAGGGUAUCGCAUACCGUUCAAACAAAAGCCACCAUUGAUAAUGCCUCAUCUAUGCAACGUAAAAGCGCUUCACACUCAACCUUCAGAAGAUAUGACCUUGGUCGUCAAACAAAUGUUAAGCACGGGAGUUCUCCAGCCUGUUGCACCUUCUCCGAGUUUUAUAUCAACUCUCUUUCUCGUCCCAAAGAGCGACGGAUCGCCUCGUCCGAUUUUCAAUCUAAAAGCAUUGAACAAAUUCGUGCUAGUCAAGCCGUUCAAACUAAUAAAUGUGUAUCGCAUACCAGAUUUCAUUCAACCCCGAGACUGGAUGUGCAAGUGCGACCUUUCACAGGCGUAUUUUCAUCUGAGCAUAUCCGACUCCCACAGACGGUUUCUCAGGUUAAUUUAUCAAGGUCAGUUGUACGAAAUGACUUGUCUACCUUUUGGGCUAAGUACCGCACCCAAAACUUUCGCAGGAUUAACAAACUGGAUCGCACAGAUAAUGAGAAAUCAGGGUGUGAGGAUAAUUGUGUUCCUGGACGAUUAUCUCCUGGUUCACCAGGAUCCAGCUGUUCUCAAGGAUCACGUAAGGCUUCUAAUAGGAACCUUAGAGUUCUUGGGUUGGCAGAUAAAUCACGAGAAGUCUGUUUUCACUCCCCAAAAAUCGAUAACUUACCUAGGCGUCCUAUGGAACCCUUGGCUCAACCAGAAAACCCUGCCCGAGGCAAAGCUGCAAUCCAUAAGAAUGAAGAUAGAUUGUGUCUUGAAAUCUCAAAAAGUAAACUUAUGGACUCUACAAAGCCUGGUCGGAGCUCUGAACUU